AUGAGGAUGAAUCCUCUCAAAUGUGCUUUCGGGGUGAUGGCCGGGAAGUUCCUCGGGUUUCUUGUACAAAGACAUGGCAUCGAGGCAGAUGAAGACAAGGUCAAAUCUAUCAGAGCAAUGCCUCCCCCACAUUCUCAGAAGGAGUUAAAGAAGUUCCUCCGGAAGGUGUCUUAUAUUCCGAGGUUUAUCCCAGCACUUGCAGAGAUCUCUGCCCCUUUCGGCUCAUUGUUAAAAGGAGAUGCCAAGUUCGAGUGGAACCAGGAGCACCAAAAGGCCUUUGAGAGAAUCAAGGCGGCCUUGACCUUGCCUCAGACCAUGAUAGCCCCGCAGCCCGGGAUGCCUCUAAUGUUGUACUUAAUUUCAACCCCCAAGUCCAUAGGGGCAUUAUUGGUCCAAGAUGUAGAUGGAGCAGAACGCCCGGUACAUUACUUCUCAGCACAUCAGAUUCAGAUUGUUACUAGAAGUGAUCCAAUCCGAUACCUCCUCAGCAAGCCUGCUCUAACCGGGAAGGUGGCAAGAUGGUUGUUAGCACUGGGUGAAUUCGAGAUCACAUGUGUAGCUCCCAAGGCAAUCAAAAGCCAAGCCUUAGCUGACCUCCUUGCUCAAUUUCCAAGUGGUGACUAUGAACCAGUGAAUGAAAAAUUAAGAGGAGAGGUGCAUGCAGCUAUGGCUUCCGAGGAAAGCUUUUGGACAUUGAGCUUUGACGGAGCAACAGCCGGAGGUAAAAGAGGAACCGGGAUAGUCCUUAGAAGUAAAAGUGGGGAAAAGUUUUAUUUAUCUUAUAAACUGGAUUUCCAUUGUUCGAAUAAUGAAGCCAAGUAUGAGGCUCUUAUGUUAGGCUUGAUAGCAGCUGAGAAGCACGGUAUCAAGAAGAUUCGGAUUCGGGGGGACUCAAAGUUGAUAGUGAAGCAAGUUUCAAGACAGUUCGUCUUAAAGGAGCCUGCCUUGGCCACAUAUCGAACAACAGUCCAAAGGCUUCUUGACAAAUUUCAGAAGGUCGAAAUAGAGCAUGUGCCUCGCUCCGACAACAAGUUUUCAGAUGCCCUCGCAACAUUAGGGGCAAGAGUUGACAUUCCAGAGGAAGAGGCAACAAUUGUUAUCAAGAAGAGAACAGAACCUUCAAUAAUACCCGAAGACAAAGGCCUUCCAGAGGACUGGAGAGGAGAAGUCCUCGAGCAACUCAGAAGCAAAGUCGGAAAACUGAGAACUGGCUGUCGAAGAAGUUCCCACCACCUCUAA